AUAUAAAUACUUAAAGAAAUUGUGCGCUGUUUCAAAUCGUAACAAGUUCUUAAUGACUGUCUGUGAAAUAAUUGGGCGAAACAUUAAAUCGUGCCAAUGAUAAUGCUGAAGCAGGAAUCAGUAUCCUUGAAGAAAGCCUCGGUCUCUGUCGUUGCUCCCACUUCAAAUUACGCACAUUUUGUCAAACAAAACCGGGAAAUUUCUUGUAAUGCUGACAUUGAUAUGAGCCCCGAUGUGCAUAAUGCUAGGGAUAGCUUGCCAGAUCUGGUUUCGGUCACGAUGGAUGGCGAGAAACAUUGGGUCUCUGGUGUUGAUCCGAGCACGACAUGCACCGAUCUGAUAUGUGCGCUACUCAGUUAUAAAGAUCUCGAGGGAAAGAGCAAUGAGCAGUUACCAAUAUACCACACGUUAUGCCACAAAUUGGGUAGAUCCAUUCAGACGUCUAGCCAAAACACAAGCCACAAAGCAACAUUAAGAACAAAUACCAAAGAAAAUGAACAAACUUCUUAUAGCAAGGGUCUCAAUACCAACUUACAUCAAUAUGUAAUUGUUAAACAAUUGCGGGACAGUCGAUUCGAGGAAUAUUUAGAUGGUAGCACUCGACUAAUGGAUGUCAUUCCGACUGCUGACAAACUGGCCAAAAAUCAGUGCGAGCUCCAGCUCAGGAAUCUUGCAGUCGACUCUACAGCGCGCAUCUGUAAUCAGAUGGAGAACCAAAUGUUCUCGAUGCUAUCCAUGUCAACCGAUAAGGACAGCGGCAUGGGCAGUCCCGUGGGCAGUUCCCGAAGUGAACGAUACCGUCGAAGGCGUGGAAAAGCACAUAGAACUGGCGUGACGACGGCAGGUCCAGCAUUACCAAAGCAAACUAAGCAAUUGCAGACACAGCCUGGCACUCUGAAUCCGAAUGAGCAUCUUAUGAAUAUUAUAAUGGCCCAGGAUGAGACCAUAAAGAGACAAAUCUACCUGCUGAAUCAAAAGGAGCAACAAAUCCUGAAGAUUGAGGACGAAAAGCAUCGAGCAAGGGCACUGAAGUUGGGUAAGAACUAUAUGAUCGAUACAUACUUGAAUGCACUAGGUAAAGCACCAGAUAAAGAACUAGAUGUACCUGGCUUUGAAGACCAGCUGGAAUGCGUAAGAAGCUCCAACAAACUCGGGCCACAGCCCGCAUGUAAGCAAGAAGUAGAUGCUAAACAACCCGGUGAGACAUUUUCUAAUAUUUCGAUAGAUGCGAAUAUUUAUUGGCUGGAAAAGGUUUACACGUUAAAUAUGCGACUGCAACGCGAGGAGGAGGAGUUGCUGCGUCUGCAUGCCAAGGUGCGUAAGCAUCAGAUGCGCCACGCCUAUCACACGAAGGACGAGGUGCUGCAGCAGAUCGACAGAUUGGAUACGAGCUUGGCCAAUCAGGUGAACGACAUCUACAGAAUAGAGCGCCAGUUGUUGGUGGCCAAUGAGCAGCUGAAGGCUAAGUUGGGCGUACUCGAGAGCUUGGGCAAUGAGCUGGAAGUGAUGCCAACUGCAGAUCACGAAGUGGCUGUUGCGACAACAGCUCUAACUCUCAAGCUCAAUGAAGACCUGAUCGCGCAUCGGAAGUCCAUAGCUGAGCAUUUGAUACAAAAUCUACAGGAAAAGGAAGGAAGACAAAACUAUGUCAAGAACCUAAGCAAAAAUAAUGCCAAUGGCAGCGAUCAGACGGAUGCCAAAUUGUUUAAGAAACAACUAUUUUUCGCAGUCGAUAAUACUGAAACUUUAGAUCAAAAGGAGGAACAACCCAUGACAAGAUAUUCGUCAAGUACCGAAAGUAAUACGCUUUUGACCUAUUUCGAGGCUGACGUCGAUAUACAGAACUUUGGUACACUUGUUUAAUUUAUAUAAAUUGGUUUU